AUGUCAUUGCAAACCCCUGACGUCAACGCUCUGUUGCACAACAUGCGUGCACAGAUCUUGGCGUUAACUACGCAACUCGCCGAGCUGCAGGCAAACCCCCCUGUGGCAACCCCCUCAGUAGAGAAAAAAUUCAAUAAGAAAGUCGAAGUCAUUGCUAACCCUGGCGCCUUUGAGGGAGACAGAGCGCAAUUUACUGAAGAGUCUGAGCGUGACUGGGCGCGUCAGCAAAUCUGUUCCUUCAAACAAGGCAACAUGAGGACAGAUGAUUUCGUAACCCGGUUCCUGGCCCUCUCUAUCCAAGGGGGUCUUGGUAAUGAACAUGCAGUGGAGCUGCUGGAAUGCAAUGUGAACCCCCACAUUGCAGAACAGCUUUACCUGCAGGAUAUGAGAAGUAGGGCCAUAGAGCUCUACAAGAUGCACCAAGGUGGCGGGACCACCAAAAGCAACUAUUCCCACAGGCGCCCUGGGUCAUCAAACCAACAUAAGCAUUCUCAUGGGUUCAAGCUGUUCGGGCUGCAACCAGGGCAGGGAGCCCCCAUGGAUAUUGGUGCGGUCCAAGGAGGACAAAUGCGCAGAUUCAAGGGGAACUGCUACAAUUGCGGCCAAGAGGGACACAUGUCCCGAGACUGUAGAAAUGGAGCGCAGGAUGCUCACCAAAAAAAUAACCAAGGGCGCCAGGCGCGCCAAUUAGAAACCAAAAAACUGGACGAUCGGCUCCAGACUCUGGCCAGUCGAUCAUACAAUGAAAUCUAG